CAAUAUUAUUUCCACUAAAAGACAACACACUCCACUCCUUUACUCCGACAUGGACUCUGAAGAACUCAAAGCACUCGCCGCCGAGCAACGCCGUCAACUCACGGCGGCGCGUGACAUCACCUCCGACUUCGAUUUCGCUUUCCAACUCCAACUCGAAGAAGCCAUUAACGCUUCCAUCUCUAUACAACCCUCCACGUCAACCACCCCACCCACCCAACCACCAAAACCCGAAAACGACACCGUUUCAAAGUACCUACAACUGGAACUGCCCCAACUCGAACACGAAAUCGGCGAUCUAGAACUAUGCGAAUUAGAAUUCAGGAAAAUGAGAGAUGAUCUGAACCGUCGAAUUCAUGAUCAAAAAGUUGCUCAAGAGAUACUACGUAUGCCUGAAGAUGAGUGGGACAACAACGGGGACAAUUUCGAGGUUCCGUUUGGUGAAGGAACGUCGAAAAACAACGAUGAAAAUGAGGUUUUUAGGGUUUAUUUUAAGGGUUUAUUAGGUGAGAAGGAGGGGGAUUGUUUGGUUUCUGGUGGGAUUGGAGUUGCGAUUUGCGAUUCGAGUGAUGAAUUGUUGUUUGAAUUGAGGAAACCGUAUUAUGGAAGUGGGAUGAAUAGACAGUGUAUUGAGUUUAAAGCACUUACUGAAGGUUUGAAUGCUGCAAUUGCUUUGGAUUUGAAAAGGGUUGUUUUCUUUUGUGAUUACUUUCCCAUAUUCCAAUUUGUUACAGGCCGAUGGAAAGCCAAACAGCGGAAGGCUGCUGCUUUACUAAACCAAGUGGCUUUGCUUCGACAGAAGUUUUCAUUUUGCCAGCCCUCUCUUGUGCCUCGAAAUGAAAUUAAGUUUGCAUUUAGAUUUGCAAGAGAGGCGAUGACUUCUCAAAUAAAGAAAGUCGCAGAGUCAGAUGCUUCAAGGAAAGUGUACGAAACUUGUGUUAUUUGUUUGGAAGAUACUGAUAUUGGCCAGAUUUUCUCAGUUGAUGGUUGUAAGCACCGUUAUUGUGUCUCCUGUAUGAAACAACAUGUUGAAGUGAAGCUGCUUCAUGGCAUACUGCCUAAGUGUCCUCAUGCAGAGUGCAAUUCAGAUUUGAAACUGGAUAGCUGCAGUAAAAUUUUGACACCUAAGUUAAUUGAUAUUAUGAAGCAACACAUUAAGGAAGCCUCUAUCCCUGUAACUGAAAAAGUUUACUGCCCUUACCCAAAGUGCUCAGCACUAAUGUCGAAAUCUGAAGUUUUAGAAUAUUCUAAUGGUUCCUUUCUGGGAGCUGAAAGACUUGGAAUUAGGAAAUGUACAAAAUGCAAUGGCCUGUUUUGCAUCAAUUGCAAAGUUCCCUGGCACUACAAUAUCGCGUGCGAUGAGUAUAGAAGGAGAAAUCCUACUCCUCCGGAAGAUGUUAAGUUGAAAACUCUGGCAGCAACGAAUUUGUGGCGCCAAUGUGUAAAGUGCAACCACAUGAUUGAACUUGCUGCAGGGUGCUACCACAUGACUUGCAGAUGUGGGUAUGAAUUCUGUUAUACAUGUGGGGCACCAUGGAAGGACAAGAAAGCAAGUUGCUCUUGUAAGCUUUGGGACGUGGAUUACAUUUUAGAUUCUGAUGAAGAUGAGGAUGAGGAUGAGGAUGACGGCGAUGAUUAUGUUUAUGAUGGUAAUUAUGAUACCGAUUCUGAUGAUUACUACUGAACCUUGUAGUGGCAGCCUCAGUGCUGUGUUUCAUCAUUCUAUAUAUAUAUAUAUAUAUAUAUAUAUAUAUUGGUACUUGACUAUUUGGAACAUUUAGUCGAUUUUGGGGUAUCUGCUGGAGAAAUUAUCAUAUUUUGUGGUGCAUGCUCUUGUACAUAUGAUUAUGGUGGCUGUCUUGGUCACUCCAUCAGUAUAGGACAUUGCCUCCUUUUUUGAUACAUAUAUAUAUAUAUAUUUUGGUGGUGUA